UUUCAGAUUUUUCCUCACUCGGAGCAAAGGGGGAAAGUCCUCUGGUUUAAAUUAGCGAUUGGCAAUCUUUGGCAAACUUUAACAUCAACAGUCAGCGAUACCACUUUAAGAAAAUUCCAAGGAAAGGACAACCCCAUUUUAAAAUUCCCACCUCUGGCUCCCAAGGAUUGGGUUGCAAACUUCGACAAAAUCCUCUUCUCCACUCCUUAUUGGUGCAUGCUCUAUCAUUCUUUCUCCCUGGAAUUCUGUGAGGUACCAGGUUGCUUUACGGGAAAAGGCUGAUCCAAUUUAGUCUGGAACUGCUCCGCUUUCGACUUUUUCAUGGUCAUCAGUCGGUACAAAGAAUCACCAAACCGAUACAGCGUGGACCAAACUGGCAAAUCAGGCUGCGGAGACAACUGUGUAAUUCGAUGGAAAAAGAAACGGACCACCUCUCAAGCACGCAGGGUAACUGACAAAAAGAUUUUACGACACAGUGAGAGAUAGGAUAAUACAUAUAAGAAUAUGCAAGAAUCACAGGAAACCCACAUACCCAACCACCUGGAUGAGAUUGUUGCUGCUGUCAGCGUGACACCUGAAAAGAAGAUCCAAAACAAGCUGCCUCAGACAGCGCUCUUCCAGCCUCCUCGAGAGAAACUGCACCUCUGCGAAGAGAAAGCAAGGUCCUAUUCCAGCAGUCACGAGUAUAAGCAGGCGAUCCAUGAGCUUGUGCGCUGCGUGGCCCUGACAAGGAUCUGCUACGGUGACUCACACUGGAAACUAGCCGAGGCACACGUUAACCUGGCUCAGGGCUACCUCCAGCUGAAGGGACUGUCACUGCAAGCAAAACAACAUGCAGAAAAAGCCAAAGAAAUCCUCACCAGCUCCAUCGUGCCCCCUUACAAUGACAACACAGACGUUUUCAAGUGUUCGGUGGAGCUGUUCCACACCAUGGGGAGAGCCUUACUCUCCCUUCAAAAAUUUAAGGAAGCAUCAGAGAACCUGACAAAAGCAGAGAGGCUCUCAAAGGAGCUGCUGCAAUGUGGAAGGAUUAUAAAGGAAGAAUGGAUGGAAAUUCAAUCGCGGAUCAAAUUGUCAUUUGCACAGGUAUAUCAAGGUCAGAAGAAAUCCAAAGAAGCUCUGCCCCACUACCAAGAAGCUUUAGAAUAUACUGAGAUCAGUAAAGGCAAAAAAAGUCUUGAGUGUGUACCAGUAUUGAGGGAACUGGCAGGCGUAGAACAAGCCCUGGGAUUUCACGAAGCAGCCGUCAACCACUUUGUACAGGCGCAUCUCAUCGUCCUGAGCAGAAACCCCUCUCAAGAGGAGGCAGCCGUCUCUGCACACUUUGUCGCCCGCGCUGCCGUGGCUUCCGGGAAGCCAGAGCACCAUGAUGUGGCCGACCAGUAUUUUCAGGAGAGCAUGGCUAAUCUUAAGGAUGCCGAAGGAAUGGAAAAAGCCAAAUUUCUUUCAAUUCAAGAUGAUUAUUGCCAUUUUUUACAAGUCACUGGACAGCAAGAGAGAGCAGCCUCCCUCCUGAGAGAGUCCCUGGAAGCCAAAGUGGGAGUGUUUGGAGAUCUCAGUCCCGAGGUGGCCGAGACAUACCGGCUCCUGGGCAGGGCCGACCUGGCACAGGGGAACCAGAGCGGUGCCCACAAGAAACUGAAGAAGUGUCUUCAGAUUCAGACCCUCCUGUAUGGACCGCAGGACAAGAGGACUCUGGCCACCCAGCAGACCAUCGACGUCCUGUCCAGGGCCCCCGAGGUGGCCGUGAAGCCCAGGCAGGCCCCAAAAGCCAAGCCGGCCUUCUGCACCAGUGGGCCACAGCCCACCAUGCUGGGGAAGGCCAGGCCCGGCGCAGCCGACUGAGACCCCCCCAACUCGCCCCCAGAAAGCUGGGCAGGCCUGGGUGCCGGGGUUUCGGGUGCUGUAUCAGUCUGUCCAACUAGAGGAUGGAACAGCCACCGCACAGAUUUUCAAGGCUGACUCUGCUCCAAAUGCAACAGCGAGACUGUGCCCCUCCCGUGGACCCCAUUCUGGCCGUGGGUGCCCUUCAGGGUGACCUGGUGCUUCUAUCAGACAUUUUUCUUUUUACCACUUUCGUGGUUUUUCCUGACAGUAAGAAUUUUCACCCAUCAGCACUAUUGUGGCCAAAAAGCUUCUCUUCAAAAGUUCAAAACUUCCUGUGCAGGAGGCUAGACCCAACACCUGGUAUUAUGUAUUUAUUUCUAUAUAUUAUGUAGCCCCUCAGGCAGGUCUGGAGUUAGAUUUGGAGCAAUAAAGUCCUGGAAAAAGCUCCUUCUUCUAGGAAGUUAACAGGGAUUGAGAAGAAAAUGCUAAUAAAGGGAAACCGCUGGGAGUGCUGGGGUCAGUAUGUGCUUUUAAAAUGAAGCCUGUGUCAGAGCCCCGCAGAGCCCCACAGAGCUCCGCAGAGCCCCGCAGAGCCCCGCAAGGGGCACAGAGGAUCCCCCUCACUCGUGUCACUCACUCACUGAAUCUGGUGGAGCACCCAGGAUGUACCGGGCAUGUGCUAAGAACUGGGGACACAACAAUAAACAAGGCACAGUGUCCCCAUCCUCUGAGAACUUGCUGUUGAAUGCAGACGCUAGUCACUAAACACAUGAUGGUGGAGCUGGUGGAGACAACAGAGGGAAAGAACCAGGUACGAUGGGGCAGGUGAUGAACAGACCUGACUUGGCCUAGAGGUCAGAGGCGGCCGGUGCAGGGAGUGGCGAGAGAUGAGCAGGAGGAAGGCUGACUCCCUGCUGCUGCCUCCUGUGGCCUCCACUCCAGGCAGAAACAUGGCUGCUGCUCUGAAGCUUUUUUUUUUUUUUGAAUUGGCACAGCCCUUGGCCCCCUGCUCUCCCAGCUGUGUUCUGGGUUCAGCAUGUAGCGGGGAGGGUGGGGUGGAGUGAGCGCUCGUGUCCACAGUGGUCUUCAGUCCCCUGGGGGAGAGGCCAUCAGCAUUCAAGUACAGAAGACCAGAGUGGCAUGUCUGAGCACCUGUGCCCAUGCAGUCAGCGAUGAGAUCCAGGGCUGGAAGGAGGGGGGUGAGCACACACAGGGUGGGGUGGGGGUGGGAGCACUGUUUCUUCUCCCCACCUCAUCCCAUGGCCUGUGGCCCAGCAGGGCUGCAGGCUGGUGUGAAGAUGGCUCCUUUCCGCUCCAACACCCAGUAGGAACACCAAAACCACUCUGGCUCCAUUUGUGCUGGGCGCCACCUUGACAACUGAUGGAAAUAAACCAAAAAGUUUCGUGACAGGGUGGGGAAGGGCUGGGUCCCUAGUCCUCCUUAACAGUGUGACAGCUGACCACACAGGCCACUCCUGCUGGUACUCACACAUCCCAGACAGGUCUGUGGGAUGAAGGCAGCAUUCAAAGGUGUCAGACCGGGUCACUACUCACCAAGUGACUAUCUGGUUGAAGACACGGGUUUUGACGUGGGUGGUAGAAUAAAUGUUUUAAAUACAUACCACACUCGAGCCUGCCAGGGGCUGUCUAUGUACCUUCAAAGUUCCUAUGCUGAAGCCCUAAACCCCAAGUGUUUAAGGUGGGGCCUCUGGGAGGUAAUUAGUACAUGAGGGUGAAGUCCCACGAAUGGGAUUAGUGCCCGUAUAAGAAGAGACACAAGAGAAACAAUCUCUUUCCACCAUGUGCGGGCACAGCACGAAGGCAGCUGUCUGCAAGCCAGGGAGCGUGCCCCCACCAGGAACGAACCCACCAACACCUUGAUCUUGGACUUCUAGCCUCCAGAACUGCAAGAAAUAAACGUCCACUUUUUAAGCGUCCCAGCCCAUGGCAUUCUGUUGUAGCAGCCUGCGCAGACCAAGAGAGUCCAUGCUGGGUUUUUGAAAAAAAAACAAAAUGUGAUUUGUGAUGUUACUUCUCCCUUUUCUGUAUCUUGUAGGAUAACACCUUGACAGCACAGAAACUAGAACACUUUUUAAAAAAAAAUUUAGCCCCUACCCUGGGAAAGAAUGGAUUUAGGAAUGUCCCACCGAAAGUCUCCCAUCUAUUAAAUGUGUUAACUUCAAAAUGAAA